ACAGGUCCUUGUUCUCUCUCUCCAUAGCUGCAGACAGAAACAGACUGGUUCAAACACAACUCUGCUGUACAUAUAUCUACACAGGGAGCUGCUUUCACAGGGACACAAAAGCAUUAGAGACUUCGUAGAAAAUAGAAUUACUUUGUAUUUACAUUUUGUUGGACUUUUGUUUCUUUGUGUGUGUAGGUGUUGUAGGAUCUGGGAUAAACAUGCCGAUUAGGACAGUGAUUACGCAUGCUAAGAAACAUCCAGGGCUCAUCCCUCAGUUCUUCUUCUUGGUACUGGGCAUGGCUGGGGCUUCCUGCUAUCUGAUCCGUCUGGCCAAGGGACCCCAUGUCAGCUGGAACAGAAAGAACAAUCCCGAGCCUUGGAACACAUACGGUCCAAACUAUCAGUACAAGUUGGUGGCCGUCAACACGGACUACAAGGCUCUAAAGAAGGAGGGCCCUGACUUCUAAAGGUCCUUCAGACAACUCCAGGGGCACCACGUUUGGCAGGACCUCCUGUCAUCCUAGUGGCAGGGUGGGGCCAGCCUGAGCCUCGCUCGGUCGGGUUCUCGGACUGCCUCCUCCGCUGCCUCUUCACCAACUACAUCACUAUAGUGAAAAAAAAAAAAACGUCAUUUUCUUGCACAACCUGGAA